AUGCUGUUUCUGCAUCUUGCAUUACUAGCUGCUCUCUCAGGUGGUGGCAGUGCAGACGCAGUCCAGGAAUACACCUCAUUCUAUUUGAUCCAGAUCUCAUCCUUUGCCAACCAGUCCUGGUCACGGAAUCAGGGCUCUGGUUGGCUGGAUGAGUUGCAGACUCAUGGCUGGGAGAGUGAAGCAGGCAAAAUAAUUUUCCUGCGCCCAUGGUCUAAGGGCAACUUCAGCAAUGAGGAGUUGACACAGCUGAACAUGCUAUUCCAUGUCUAUUUGAUUGGAGUAAAUCGGGAGAUUCAAGACUAUGCCAGUCAACUGCAGUUUGAAUACCCCUUUGAGUUACAGAUGAGAGCUGGCUGUGAGCUGCGUUCUAGGGACACCAUAGAAGGCUUCUUCCAGGUAGCCUUUCAAGGAUCAGAUUUCCUGAGUUUCCAAAGCAUGUCAUGGGUGCCGGCUCCAGAGACUGAGGGAAGGGCCCAGAGAGCCUGUAAUCUCCUCAAUCAGUAUGAAGGCAUCAAGGAAACGGUGCAUAAGCUCAUAGGAAACACCUGCUCCCGAUUUCUCUUGGGUCUUCUCGAUGCAGGGAAGAUGUAUCUCCAGAGACAAGUGAAACCCGAGGCCUGGCUGUCCAGUAGCCCCAUCCUUGGGUCUGAUCAGCUGUUGCUGGUUUGUCACGUCUCUGGCUACUACCCAAAGCCUAUCUGGGUGAUGUGGAUGCGGGGUGAACAGGAGCAGUCAGACACUCAGCAAGGUGACAUCCUGCCCAGUGUUGACGGGACCUGGUACCUUCGCGCGAUCCUGCACGUGGCGGCCGAGGAGGCAGCUGGCCUGUCUUGUCGGGUGAGGCACAGCAGUCUAGGAGACCAGGACAUCAUUCUCUACUGGGGACAUCACUUCCCCAUGAACUUGAUCGCCUUGGCAGUGAUUGCUCCUCUAGUGCUUCUAAUGGUCCUUGCAUUAUGGGUUAAAAAGCACUGGUGA